AUGACAUCAGCCUGCAGGACAGCAGCAGUGGGACAAUCGAGGCUCGACGCAGCCCGGGACACAGGCCCUGCCGCCUGCCCCACGUCCUGUGGCUGCAUGAUCCGGGAACAGACCCGCAUCCUAGACGCCUCCACCAUGGCGAACGACCUGAACCACUACCCCGUGUUCGUGGGCAGCGGUCCUGGACGCCUGACCCCCACGGAGGGUGCUGACGACCUCAACAUCCAGCGAGUUCUGCGAGUCAACAGGACGCUGUUCAUUGGGGACAGGGACAACCUGUACCGGGUGGAGCUGGAGCCCCCCACGUCCACGGAGCUGCGCUACCAGCGGAAGCUGACCUGGCGAUCUAACCCCAGCGACAUCGACGUGUGUCGCAUGAAAGGCAAGCAGGAGGGCGAGUGUCGAAACUUCGUAAAGGUGCUGCUACUUCGGGACGAGUCCACGCUCUUCGUGUGUGGCUCCAACGCCUUCAACCCGGUGUGCGCCAACUACAGCAUAGACACCCUGCAGCCUCUCGGGGACAACAUUAGCGGCAUGGCCCGUUGCCCGUAUGACCCCAAACACGCCAAUGUCGCCCUGUUCUCUGACGGGAUGCUCUUCACGGCCACUGUUACCGACUUCCUCGCCAUCGACGCUGUCAUCUACCGCAGCCUUGGGGACCGGCCCACCCUACGCACCGUGAAACACGACUCCAAGUGGUUCAAAGAGCCGUACUUCGUCCACGCGGUGGAGUGGGGCAGCCACGUCUACUUCUUCUUCCGGGAGAUCGCGAUGGAGUUUAACUACCUGGAGAAGGUGGUGGUGUCCCGCGUGGCCCGCGUGUGCAAGAACGACGUGGGGGGCUCCCCCCGCGUGCUGGAGAAGCAGUGGACGUCCUUCCUGAAGGCGCGGCUCAACUGCUCCGUGCCCGGCGACUCCCACUUCUACUUCAACGUGCUGCAGGCUGUCACGGGCGUGGUCAGCCUGGGGGGCCGACCCGUAGUCCUUGCGGUCUUCUCCACGCCCAGCAACAGCAUCCCCGGCUCGGCCGUCUGCGCCUUCGACAUGACACACGUGGCUGCUGUGUUUGAAGGCCGCUUCCGCGAGCAGAAGUCCCCCGAGUCCAUCUGGACGCCAGUGCCGGAGGAUCAGGUGCCGCGGCCCCGGCCCGGGUGCUGUGCGGCUCCUGGCAUGCAGUACAACGCCUCCAGUGCCCUGCCCGACGACAUCCUCAACUUCGUCAAGACCCACCCGCUGAUGGACGAGGCGGUGCCCUCCCUGGGCCACGCGCCGUGGAUCGUGCGCACGCUGAUGCGGCACCAGCUGACACGCGUGGCUGUGGAUGUGGGUGCCGGCCCCUGGGGCAACCAGACCGUCGUCUUCCUGGGUUCCGAGGCGGGCACCGUCCUCAAGUUCCUCGUGCGGCCCAAUGCCAGCGCCUCAGGGACUGCUGGGCCCAGUGUCUUCCUGGAGGAGUUUGAGACCUACCGGCCGGACAGGUGUGGACGGUCCGGCGGUGGCGAGAUGGGGCAGCGGCUGCUGAGCCUGGAGCUGGACACGGCCUCGGGGGGCCUGCUGGCGGCCUUUCCUCGCUGUGUGGUCCGCGUGCCCGUGGCCCGCUGCCAGCAGUACUCGGGGUGUAUGAAGAACUGUAUCGGCAGCCAGGACCCCUACUGCGGCUGGGCCCCCGACGGCUCCUGCGUCUUCCUCAGCCCCGGCACCAGAGCCGCCUUCGAGCAGGACGUGUCCGGGGCCAGCACCCCAGGCUUAGGGGACUGCAUCGGGCUCCUGCGCGCCAGCCUCUCGGAGGACCGCGCGGGGCUGGUGUCGGUGAACCUGCUGGUGACGUCGUCGGUGGCGGCCUUCGUGGUGGGCGCCGUGGUGUCCGGCUUCAGCGUGGGCUGGUUCGUGGGCCUCCGGGAGCGGCGCGAGCUGGCCCGCCGCAAGGACAAGGAGGCCAUCCUGGCGCACGGGGGCGGCGAGGCCGUGCUGAGCGUGAGCCGCCUGGGCGAGCGCCGGGGCGCCGGGCCCGGGGGCCGGGGUGGCGGCGCCGCUGGGUGCGAGCGUGGUGGGCGGCCCCAGCGGCCUGGGCAUUGGCUGAGUCGACACUGGGGCUUCCACAAGGCCGAGGGCCUCCGAGGCGCCGGUUAG